AUGGGAGGCGAUUACAUUGCUUAUUGCAGGACGAGAGAUGAAGAAUGGAGAGAGAUUCCGAGACGCAAUGGGUGUUUAGAUAUGGCCUAUAAGGAUAACAUUCUUUACAUGUGUAAUUUCAAUGGUCGCAUCAGAGUCUUGGGUUUCGAUGAUUCGGGUUCUUUUGGGGAUGGGGAAAAAUGGGAGAAAGUUUAUUCUUUUGGGGAAGAGGAAGCUCUCGUUUGGGAUUUGAAUGUCACUUUGCCUACCAAAGGUGUAACAGGAAUCCAGAAAGACUCAAUUUAUUUCUGUCAUACUUAUAAGUUUCGUCGGGAAGUCGCUGCCUGUGCAAUGACUACGCAGAGUCUCCAUCCAUUUGGACCACCUGACCUUGGCCUCGGAGAUGCUCGCUGGUUCAUUCCUUCUUUUUCUUCUGCUGAGCGAUGA